GCCACUAAUCUUCGAGAGAAGAAGAAUAACAAAAGCAGCUACAGAUCUUCAGGACAGUAGUGGUUAAACAUCAUCCUCUAUCCCUGGUUUUACGUUUGCUUUAAUUCAGAAAAAUGUAACUGGAACUUAAUAGGGGUUUACGGCCUGACGAUUGUAUUAUUUUUUUGUCAGAAGAAACGCUGUUCCUGUUUUCAGACGUGUUUUGUGUUUGAAUUCGACAGCUAAGCUAGCUUUGAGCCUCUACAACUGGCUCGUCAGCGUCUCUCAGACAGUCUGACCUGAGAUAAUCAGCCCCUGUUUACUGUCCACAUUAACCCGAUACAUCUUCCCGUAGCCUGGCCGGAGCUGAUCACCAGACUGUGCGUACAAGUACAUUCUCUUUGAAAGCAUAACAAUGGGAAGUCUGGGCAGCAGGUUCCAGUCCCCCUCUCGGGGAUCAGAGGAAGCUUCAGAGGGCACAUUUACCAGUCACAAACACAACUGUGAGUGUAAGAAGAGGAAACGAAAUGCUCACUGUGACUGUGACAGUGAGCAAGAUGACGAUGAUGCUAUACUGGAUACACCCCGCAGGAAAAAACUGAAAAGCACAUCAAAAUAUAUUUAUCAAACAUUGUUCCUGAAUGGGGAAAAUAGUGACAUUCGCAUCUGUGCCCUGGGAGAAGAGUGGAACCUCCACAAAGUUUACCUGUGCCAGUCAGGGUACUUCUCUAGUAUGUUCAGCGGCUCUUGGAAAGAGUCUGACAUGACAAUAAUCAACUUGGAGAUUCCAGACCAGAACAUUGACACUGAAGCUCUACAGGUUGUGUUUGGAUCCUUGUACCGGGAUGAUGUUCUGAUCAAGCCCAGCAGAGUCGUCAGUAUACUUGCCGCUGCUUGUAUGCUACAGCUGGACGGUUUGAUCCAGCAGUGUGGUGAGACCAUGAAGGAAAACAUCAGUGCGAAGACCGUGUGCGGCUACUAUACUUGUGCCACUAUCUAUGGCUUGGAUUCAGUUAUUAAAAAGUGUCUUGAGUGGCUUCUGAACAACCUGAUGACCCACCAGAAUGUUGACCUGAUGAAAGAGCUUGGAACAGAGGUGAUGGAGCAGCUCAUUCAGUCUUCAGACCUGUUUGUCAUGCAGGUGGAGAUGGAUGUAUACACCGCUCUGAAAAAGUGGAUGUUUGUGCAGCUUAAUCUGUCAUGGGAUGGCCCCAUCAAACAGCUUCUGGCCGACUCUGAUGCCUGGCUUUGCAAACGCAGGACAGACCUGUGUGAGAAAGAGCCUUUCUUGAACACAGAGGAGGGUGCCCCUUUUCGUUCAGUGUUCAAAUAUGUUCGUCUCCAGUACAUCAUCAACGAUCUCGCAUCUGCACGCAUACUGGAGCGAGAUAAUAUUUUGCCUCCUGAGUGGUUAACAUCGAUGUACAAAAACCAAUGGUUUGCUAUGCUCCGGACAGAAUUUGACAAUGACAAUGGUCCCCAGGAAACUGACAAGGAAGAGUUUGAGCUGAGCAGUAUGAGGUGUGGCAGGAAACUGAAUAAAGAUGGAGAUUACUGCUGGCGGUGGACCGGCUUUAAUUUUGGUUUUGACCUGUUGGUGACCUACACAAACCGCUUUAUAGUCUUCAAAAGGAAUACCCUAAGUCAGCCAUGUGGGGGCGCUGUCAGUCUGCAGCCUCGGAGACAUCUAGCAUAUAGGUUACGUCUUGCCUCAUUCGACAGCCGUGGAAAGCUGGUCUGCAGUCGCUCAACAGGUUACCAGCUUAUCACCCUUGAGAAAGACCAGGAGUAUGUGGUGAUGAACCUGGACAGCCGGUUGUUAUCAUUUCCCCUGUACGUGUGCUGUAACUUCCUGUAUACUUCGCCCCAGUCAGACAACCGUCCAGAUUCCUCAGAACAGGACAACACUGCUCGCAGCGUGUCUUGAUGCCUGUUCAGCAGCCAUCAACUGCUGCCAUUCCUCUGUGAAUACAAGACACUGACACCAGCUUGUAUGUACAAUCCACCUCUACAUUGAAUACCAUGACGACGUUGUCUGCAUGCUUUGUGAUUCAGUGAGGUGUUUAGGGAAUACAGUAUGUUUUGUAUCUAUGUCCUCAGUGUUUUGGCAAACACAGAGAUAGCUGUAUAUGGGGUUCACAGUUUGACGGAGACAUGUCACAGUGGCCAGGAAGGAUUAGGUCACUUUUUGCCUUACGAGCAACUUCACUACUCCGUGGAUCUCCGUCAUGAAGUGUUUGCACUGAGAUGUUGGACCAUUCAUCACAAUGGGGGAAAAAAAGCUCCAGUUCUUUUAGGAACUGUUGCUCUUUUGACCAUAUGUACAUUGACUGUGAGAUGUGGUCAGAUGUGUGGCUCUUUGCUCUUCUUAAGGGUGCACUUGAAAACUUGACCAGCACAGUGACAUUUUGAGCACUGAUUUCAAUACAGUUUGUAAUUGGCACACAAUACACCUGUAAUUUUGUACUGACUUAAAUAGUAAGAAAUCUAUACUGUAUAUUUCACAGGGAUUGUUGCAUCACAAUCCAAAUGGAAAAGUUACUGUACAGUCUAAGAAUAAGAAAGUUUGUCAGAGAUUCUGUACCACCUGCUGCUGCUUGAUCAACAGCUGAUAUAGAUUCAGUAUCACACAUGAUGCUUCCUAUGCCGCCUGCACUCCCUUGCAAAUUGGUGACUAGAGCCAAUGGACAUGUAACUGAUGGAUGCAGCAAAAAAUGGGUUCAUCUUAUUUUGGUCAGUCCUGCAUUGUGUUCAGGUUAUUCUACACCAGAGCAGCUUCUGUUGAGACUUUCAGAUCGCAAAGUCCACCACUGGAGAAAACAGCAGCACUGUUCCCAUGAUCCCUUGCAUUUUGAGCCUUGCAGUAAAUGUUGGUUUACAAUUUAUAACAUUCCUUAUGAACAAAGGAGAAAAAUAGAACAUUUAAAUGAAAUAAGUAGCAACGCUCAAGUACCCAUUCUGAUAGUCAAAAGCCACACUUAACCCCAUAAUCUUUUGUUGAGACAUGAGGCUCCAGGAGUCCUCUUGGAUUUGCCUCACUUACAGUUUAAAUUUAGAAGACCUGUCACAGACACCAGCUCCCUGAUGUUCACUGUGUACAUUGGAAACUCCCACAAAUGUUUGGUCUGCAGUACUUACCAGCUGCACUGACAGAUACAAGUUAAGCUGAGUCCUCUGCUCUUCUUUUGCAGUCACUUGGUUUGUGUGUGGCACAUGUGGGCAGAAUGUUUUAUAAGCAUGUGAAGUGUUGUUAGUUUUCCUAACACAUUCUAGUCAGUAUGAGUGUAACUGCAGCUGUAUCUGUCAUCAAGUUAAACUUUCAAGGUGUUUUUAUUUGGCUUUUAUUUAUUUUGUACUACAUUUGUGUUUGUAUGGAUUUAUUUUUCCAAAAGAUAUGUGUACCAUUUUCAACUACCAAUAAAACUGCCCAUUCACAUGGGCUGUGGUGCUAUCA